UUAUCAAGAUAAAAGAGGAGUACUUAGUUGCUAGCCAUGGCUGCUUCUUCUUGAAGGGUGAUAUUUAGAGACAGAGAACCUUAAUAUAACUCCUUGCUGAUACCAUUAAGCUUAUUUGCUUCAAGAACUAUAUCCCUAUCCCAGUGAUCAGUUCUUGAACUUGGGGAUCAAAAUGGAGGAAAAUCUUCCUCCAGGGUUCAGAUUCCAUCCCACAGAUGAAGAGCUCAUUACAUUUUACCUGACACGAAAGGUUUCAGAUGUCAGUUUCACCUCAAAAGCUAUUGUGGAUGUUGAUCUCAACAAGUGUGAACCUUGGGAUCUCCCAGACAAGGCUUCCAUGGGGGAAAAAGAAUGGUAUUUCUUUAGCUUAAGAGAUCGAAAAUACCCAACAGGACUUCGAACCAAUCGAGCAACUGAAGCAGGCUAUUGGAAAACCACAGGGAAGGACAAGGAAAUCUUUCGUGGUGCAGUACUGGUGGGGAUGAAAAAAACCCUAGUUUUCUACAAGGGUAGAGCUCCAAGGGGUGAGAAAAGUAACUGGGUUAUGCAUGAAUACAGGCUAGAAAACAAACAUCCUUUCAAGCGCACCAAGGAGGAAUGGGUAGUUUGUAGGGUAUUCCAGAAGAGCUUAGCAGCUAAAAGGCCACAGCAGACAGCAUCCUCGCAUCAAUCUCUAGGGUCUCCAUGUGAUACAAAUUCCAUAGUCAAUGAGUUUGGAGAUGUCGAGUUACCAAACAUAAACAAUAUCGGGAAUUCAUCAAAUGGGUUCAACGACAUCUCAACAACAAGCAAUUUCAACAACCAUGCCAAUGUAAAUAUGAACAUGGACAUGAACAUGCAUAAUUGGGCUAGCCCUUCACUCUCAUGGCCUUCAAACUUGCUUAGCUCGAAUCUCACAAUCAAUUCCUUGCUUCUCAAGGCAUUGCAAAUGAGGAGCUAUCAACAGAGAGAAGCUGCUGCUGCCACUGCUGCUGCUGCAAGUCGUAGUAAUCAUUACUCAUUUCUCACACAAGGGACUAGUAUUCCUCAGACUGGGACUGAUUUAAGUUCAAAUUUCCAGGGUUCUUCUUCUUCUUCCAAGGUUUUAGAAACAGUGCCGCAACCAGUACAGCAGGAGCAACCAUUCAUUUUGGAUUCCAUUUGGUGAAGCUGCAAAUUAAGUUGAAAACUAACAUCUUUUCUGUACUUAAUUAUCUUCAACCAAAGCAAAAAGGGCAUUUGAAAUUGUUACUCAUAUGGUAGUAGUAUUGGAGCAGCCAAUGAAGCUCUAAGCAUAUGCCACAAGAAAAAUAAAUGGCUGGUGUAGUUAGGUGUAAACAUUGAAAAACCUUCAAAAAUGUCUCUGUGGUUAUGUGUCUUUAUGUGCAAGUGCGAAAUUGUAGGCCAAAGAUUAAAGUCCUUUGUUUUUUAGUAAUUAUCUUCAUGAUCUUCCUAUUCAUGAAUUUAAUGUUCACUGUAAAUGAAAGAUCUCAACAUA